AAAUCCAUUUUAAAAAAUCGCAUGCUCUCCAUAUUCGGGAUUUACGGGCGAGUCUGGAAUGCAACCCCCGUGAUAAACGAGGGCUCACUGCAGUUCUAUAAUGGAUUAUUAAAGUGUUGUACGCGAGUCUGCCUCCCACCUUCGGGUCCUUCUCCCAUUCUGCAGCGCGCAGCAUUUUUCUUUUGCUAUGCUGCUUCAUCUGUCAUUUCCCGCGCCGCCUGUUGGCGUCAUCUUCGCCGGUGACACGGUAAGGGAAGUGAUAAUGGAUGUGUUUGUUUGACGGGACAGGAGAGCUCGUUAAACGCCACAUGAGAGGUGCUCCUACCCAUGAAUCCGCCUGACAAAUAAAUCUAAUCACUCGCCCCGUCCAUCCUCUUCUUUUUCUUCUCCUUCUUCUCUUCCCGCCAGGAUUGUGAUGGAGAGACGCAGCGUGACAUGAGGUUAGACACUUUCCGCUCCUCCUCUCCUCCUGGCAGAGUCGCCAACCACCUCCAAGCACUCUUCUUCGACUUCUUCUUCUUCUCUUCAUCUUUAGCCCUCCCCUUUCUCGGCGUACACCUCCUCCUCCCUCCGGUUCCCGUUCAAUCCUCACUUUCACUCCGUGUGCAUGCCCGGUGAGUCUUCAGUCACAAUGAGAGGGAAUGCAUGCGACUCUGGAGGGAUCCACACGCGGCCAAAAUGAGGCGGAAAGCCUUUAGACGGGUCAUCGUAGAUAGCCAACUCCUGUCUGCCUCCCCGGACAAAACUUAAAAGAGAUUUGCUUUAUGUUUAGAGUUCAUUCUUGCCAGCAGCAACAGCAGCAGCAGCAGCUUAUGUCACGCACGUGAGCCGAGGCAGACACAAAGCUAUGAAAAAGAUAUACAUUGGCAAAACAGCCCUCAAAAGCCAGAGAAAUGGUUGCAAACAUCAAAAAAGAAGCUCUUUCCACGACCACAAGGAGGACCUCCGCAAGCGCCUGUCGUACACCACGCACAAGCUAGAGAUGGUGGAGACUGAGUUCGACUCAACCCGCCAGUACCUGGAAACGGAACUGCGGCGGGCCCAGGAGGAGCUGGAGAAGUUUACGGAGAAAUUACGCAGGAUCCAGAGCAGUUAUGCGGCUCUGCAGAGGAUCAAUCAGGAUUUGGAGGACAAGAUGCACAGGACGUCUCAGCACCACGAAGAGGAGAAGAGAGCCCUCAGCCGCGAGAUCAUUGUCCUCAACAACCACCUCAUGGAGGCCAAGCUCACCAUAAAUAAACUCAAAGAGGACAAUGACCUAUACAGGAAAGACUGCAAUCUGGCUGCCCAGCUGCUGCAGUGCUCCAAGUCUCAUUACAGAGCUCACAAGAUGUCUGAGCUACCACUGGACUUCCAGGAACGCAUCAGUUCCCACAUCGAGAAACAGAAUCAGGGUAGCGAAGCCACCAUGGCGAUGUGCCACUCCAAUUACUCCGACGCGGUGCCCACAGCCAUCAUCGCAAAGAUCCUAGAAAAACCAGAACCGGGAAACAGUUGCCCCGUUACUCGUUCCCCGAGUCCACGCCCGCAGGACGGAGACUGCCUGGCCGAACCAGGAAGUAACGAUCACUUCAACCGCCGAAUCACGUACAAGACCUCCGACCUGUAUUGCAGCGACACGGCCCUCUACUGCCCCGAGCGCUGGCAGGAAACGGACCGCCGGCAGAGCAUGGACCUCCACGGCACGGCUUUGCUCCAGCUCCAUGCCCAGAAUUCCACAGACAGUAACCCCGAUGAGGAGGCCUACCACUCGGGCAGUUUCUCCCAUCACGAGCCGCCUUCAUCCUUCCACCACCACGAGGAGUUCAACGCCGGAAGCCUCCCCGCCUCCAGUUCCUACUCGAGUUUCAGCCUCGCCUCCGACGACAAGGGCGGGGUAGCGGGCGGGGGUGUACGCACCGCAAGUAGCACUUUAUCCACGUCCCACCAAGGCUUGUAUAUGGACUGGCGGGAGGGCGGUAGCGGGGAGUAUGAACGCAAAAGCAUGUCUUCCUACGACAAAGACAGCUCAGGGUUCCCCAAGUCCAACAGCAUUCAGCACAUUGUCACUUCAGUGAGCCCGCAGAAGGGCCCCUCGCCCGCGUACACAAGGACGGCCUCUUGCUACAGUGAACCGUACCACUCCAGCACCCCUCGCCUGGCCUCCGCCCACAGCAUGGGAUCUACGACCGGGUUAGGUCAGGCACAAGGCGCGGCUCUGGAAAGCAGGGCUGAUAUCCACGUCCAAGAGGACGAGCUCAGCGGCCGGUGGAAACAGCUGAGCGUGGAAGAUGUCAACGCGUUCUCGUCUUCCUAUCGUAACGUCACGGGACGGGGUUCGCCGUACAGUUUCUCCGAGUGUCACUACGCCGCGGGCCCGUCAAGUCAGACCAAGGGAUCUCUCUACAGCAGCUUCCAAGAGGGAGAUGACGUCUUCCACAGCCACAUGCUGGACCAGCGCUUUGAGUUGGGUUCCCCUUCGCCCAGCCGCAGCCCCAAACCUCCGCCUGCGGAGCUUCGCAAACAGAAAAAGAACUCUGCGACGUAUCGAGCCAAGGACGGCAAUCCAGACAGCUCGAUGCUCUCAGAAAGCUCGAAAGAGAAGGAGCGAGCCAAGAACUACGUCAAUCUGAGUGCGGGAAGCUCGGCGGAGUCCUUACACCAAAGGCCGUUAGAAGCCUCAAGUCUUCAGCAUUACCCAAGCCCCAGGCCGAGCGUCCGGCCCCGCCCGAGCUCCAGCUCCGCCCUAAGCGCCGUCGGCCCGGAGCUCCCCAAGAAAACCUCUCCGAGAUACCAAAAAUUUGGCAGCACUGGGCUGACAAGGAAGGACAGUCUGACCAAGGCGCAGCUCUACGGCACAUUGUUGAACUAAGGCAGCGAGGAAAGAGCUCGUCAUUUGAUGCAUGAUGAUGAUGAUGAUGAUGAUGAUGAUUACAAGCCUUCUGUACUGUAAUGUCUCAAACGUUCUCUGCAGCAUACUUGGUGUGACAAGGGUGUUCAGUGUUUCAUGUAUCCUAGCCAAGGCAUGUUUCAUGAAGUUUGCGACACUUUUUCUAUUUUAUGUCAUAUUAAAGUGUAGCUUCUAGCUAGCUGA